UCUCCAUUCAUUCAUCUCUCUCUCUCUCUCUCUCUCUCUCUCUCUCUCUCUCUCCAGCCCCAUCCUUCCAUUUCUCUUUUAUGUUUUACACACUGUCAUGCUUUGUACCACUGUAUAGUGCAGCUGAUGAUGAUGAUGAUUAUUAUGCUCUUCGUCUGAUAUUCUUUUUUUUUUCUCUUCUUUACUGCUGGCUUUUUUUUUUCCUUGAAUUAAAAACAAGAAAAGGGUUUUUUUUUUUUAAGAAAAUAAUAAUAAAUCAAAUCUGAAGAAGAGGCAGCAGCUGCAGCAGCAGCUAGCACUAACUCAUAGGAAUUCUUUCUUUCUUUCUUGGCUUUUAUUUUAUCUUUUCCAGUUGUCUACUCUCUCCCUCUCUCUUUUUUUUGCCCUUUCUUUUUAACAUCACCUCCAUCUUUCACCAAAACUUCCCUUACUCUCUCUCUCUCUCUCUCUCUCUCUUGCUCUCCCUCUCAAUUCUCUUAUCUUCUUCCUUAAUCCCUUUAUGCUCUAGUGAGGGUGGGGGACAGAGGGAUCAAUAAACUAUUGCUUGCUGAAUUAUUAUCAUAGAUGAAGAGAGAUCCUCAACCUCGAGAAUUGUAAAUUUAAUAUCAAGAAAAGUACUGGAGAGAGUUAAGUUCAAGGAUGCAACAAGGAGGUGGAGAAAGAGGGUCAUCACAGUCACAAUAUGCAGUGUCACAGCAACAGCAACAACAAGGUGAUAUACCUUUACCUCCUUCUACAUCUGCUGCACUGGCAACCCACAUGCAGCAGCAGCAGCAGCAAGUCGUAGAAGAGGCAUCACCCAUUAGCAGCAGACCUCCUGCCACUGCUGCCACAACAAGUGGUGGUGGUGUUAUGAAUUUGGAUGAGUUUAUGAGACUUUCAGGUGGUGGUGGUGGUGCAGAAGAAGAUAUUGCUGGAGAAGAAGCAGAUCGAACAGGAGGUAUUGCUAGUGGCAAUAGGUGGCCAAGGCAAGAAACACUUGCCCUUUUGCAAAUUAGGUCUGAAAUGGAUGCUGCUUUUCGUGAUGCCACCUUAAAGGGUCCUCUAUGGGAGGAUGUUUCAAGGAAGCUAGCAGAGAUGGGAUACAAGAGAAGUGCCAAGAAAUGCAAAGAAAAGUUUGAGAACGUGCACAAGUAUUACAAAAGAACAAAGGAAGGUAGAGCUGGUCGUCAAGAUGGGAAAAGCUAUAGGUUUUUUAGCCAGCUUGAAGCUUUGCAGAAUACUGGUGGUGGUGGUGUUUCUUCUAGCAUCAGCAAUGUGUCUGGUGUUGCUCCUCAGCUGAUUGGCACUGCAACAGCAAGCAGCCUAGAUGUCGCUCCUGUUUCUGUUGGGAUUCCUAUGCCUAUAAGAACUCCUCCACCUUCUUCUCAGGUGCCUCAACCAGCUUCAAAUAUUGGUUCCAUGUUUCCUCCUGAUUUGGGGGCAACAGUGGCGCCUGCAGCUGCUGCUGGUGCCCCGGUUCGAAUCAGCUUCUCGUCGAAUGAGUCUUCUUCCUCUCAAAGUUCUGAAGAUGACGACGACGAUGAGGAUGAAGGUAUAUUAGGAGGACAAACAUCAGCCAUGGGCGCUGGUACGAGUCGAAAACGUAAAAGGGCAUCAUUAUCAUCGUCGAAAGGAGAAACACAUCGUAUGAUGGAGUUUUUUGAGGGGCUAAUGAAGCAGGUUAUGCAAAAGCAAGAGGCAAUGCAACAGAGAUUUUUGGAGGCGAUUGAGAAGAGGGAACAAGAUAGGAUGAUAAGGGAUGAAGCUUGGAAAAGGCAAGAAAUGGCUAGAUUGAGUCGUGAACAUGAGAUUAUGGCUCAAGAACGGUCUAUUUCGGCUAGUCGAGAUGCAGCUAUUGUUGCCUUUCUACAGAAAAUUACUGGCCAAACUAUUCAUUUGCCUACGCCUGUAUCAAUUGCUCCUCUAGUUUCACAACCACCACCACCAACACAGCCACAACAGGUUCAAAUAGCGCCAUUGGUCACUGUCUCAACACAACCACCACUGCAACCGCAACCCAUGCCACUGUCACAAGUAACACCACAACAAAAUAAGCAACUACCCCAACAGCAACAUCACCAACAACAGCAGCACCAACAAGUUCAUCAUCAACACCAACCACCGUCCAUUUCUUCAGAAAUAGUAAUGGCGGUCCCGGAACAACAAAUAGCACCACUGGAACUUGGAAGUGGUGGGAGCGAACCAGCAUCAUCAAGAUGGCCAAAGCCAGAAGUUCUUGCACUUAUAAAGUUGAGAAGUGGGCUUGAAACUAGAUACCAAGAAGCUGGGCCUAAGGGACCACUUUGGGAAGAAAUCUCAGCAGGGAUGCUAAGGUUGGGCUAUAAAAGAAGUUCCAAAAGAUGCAAAGAGAAAUGGGAGAAUAUCAAUAAGUAUUUCAAGAAAGUUAAAGAGAGUAACAAGAAACGGACAGAAGAUGCCAAGACUUGCCCUUAUUUUCAUGAACUUGAUGCCCUUUAUAGGAAAAAGAUACUUGGAAGCAGUAGUGGUGGUGCGGGAAGCACCUCCACUAGUGGCUUUGACAGCCAAAUUAAUAGGCCACAAAAACAGCAGCACCAGCAUCAAGAGAGCUUAGAAUUGGAUCCAAUGCCACCUCCAAUGCAGCAGACAGUGCCACAACAGACACAAGCCACAGAAUCACAAAACAAAAAUGGGGCUAGUGUUGAUGUUCAAGCAAGCAACACAGUUUUAGCAGGAAGCCCCUUUGGAGAAGGAAAUGGAGGAGCAGAAAAGAAGCCAGAAGACAUCGUGAAGGAGCUGAUGAAACAGCAGGGGACUCAACAACAACAACAGUUAAUGGUGGAUGACUAUGACAAGAUGGAGGAAGGUGACAGCGAAAACGUAAAUGAAGAUGAAUAUGAUGAGGAGGACGACGGCGACGAAGAUGAAGAAGAAGAUGAGGCAUUGCAAGAGGAGAGGAAAAUGGCAUACAAGAUAGAGUUUCAAAGGCAGAACACAAGUAAUGCCACCAAUGGAGGAGGGUCUGGGGCACCCUCCUUUUUGGCCAUGGUUCAAUAGUACCAUUGUCAAUAUCCUCAGAUCCCAAAAUGUACCAUAUGUGUGCAGAAGCUCAAAUCAAACAAAAGUUAUCUAACAAAAAUAUUUGAGUUCAAAGCCUGACAACCUUAAAAAUUCUUCCUUUUUGUUUCCUUCCCUCCUUUUAAUUCCAUUUCCCUUCACCCCAUAAAUUCUUUUCUCAUCCUGUCCCUUUCCUUUCCCUUUUCUUCUAUCCUUCUUCACCAUAGUAGCUUUGUUGCGAUGAAAUGUCCUUUUGCAUGGCAAUCAUGCAUCACCACUAUUUGUAUCACUUUUUCUUUCAAUUUAUUGAUUUGUUGUUGAAUAAAGCACCUGUUUGUUCAAGACAAGACAGGAGGAUUGAUCAAGGGAUUAAGACCAAAAUAAGCUUGCCUAGCCUAUCUGGCUACCUAGCAGCCAGCCAGCAAAAGCUUAGUCAUUUAUUCAUGUCAACAUCAUCAAAGAGAUCAUCAGACUGAAGACAGCAGCUAGCAAAGAAGCAGCCCAGAAGAAGAAGAUGCGGAGUGAGAGCAAGAAAUUAUACAAGUUAAUUAGAGCAAUUAAUAUGCAUGCUGGUAAUUUGUGAUCGUAUAAUCAUUAGAAGAAGCUAGCAGAUCUUGUUACUUAAUUAAUUUUAAUUUUCUUCGAUUCAUAAGCAUUGCUUAAGUACUUUCUCUUGCUUUGCACGAGCUUAAUGACCAAUCUUGGGUGGUUUUCUAGUAA